AUGAUUAGAACAAGAACAAUUGGUUACCAAGCGCUUUAUAUCUCUAGGCCCCGGGGUUCAGAAUUGCGCAACUUCUAUGCGACACCAAUUGCGUGGAAGAAAAAUGCGAAAAAGGGCGGGAAAACCAAGGAUAAUUCCAAGUCCCAAGAGCAAGACGGCAUCGAAACGGUAGAUCUUUCCCAGUAUGUGCAAAAGGCCUCGGAACUGUUUGAACGUACGUGCGAGCUGCAUAAGAAAAGACUGGGUGAAUUAAAAUCCGGAAACGCGAAUCCAUCGGUGUUUGAUCAUUUGAAAAUCGGUAAAAGCAACGCUAAAUUCACAGACGUUGCGACUACCUCAAUGAAAAGUCGGAACAGUCUCUUGGUGACGGUAUUUGAUCCCAAGGACACGAAGGCAGUCAUAAGCGGCAUUCUCGCGGCAAAUUUGAACUUGACUCCCGAACCGAUACCGCAGAAUGAACAACAAUUGAAGGUGAUGUUACCUGCCCCGACUUUGGAGUCCCGGAAACAAACUUGCAAAAUUUUGAAAGCUGUGUUUGAGGAAUACAAGAACUCGGCGUCCAAGACCUCGCUUGCGCAUGCAAGAGGCGAGAUCUUGAAAGAUUUGAAAAAACUUGAUAGAAAGAGCGAUGCUGUGAAUAGGACGUUGCAAGAAAUUGAAAAAGUGCACAAACAGUACACUUCGAAGCUUCAAGAUCAACUGAAGCAGGCUGAGAAGAGCGUCAUGGGUUGA